AUGGAGUUUGUAGUGGGUGCUUCAGAAGGCACCAUGAGAUCUCUCCUAGGCAAGUUGGGCGGUCUCCUUGCCCAAGAGUACACUCUGAUCCGUGGCGUCCGGGGCGACAUCCAGUACAUCAGCGACAAGCUCAGCAGCAUGCAGGCCUUUCUUGGCAACCUCGGCUCUGCCCUGGAUGACCACGAUCGCCGGCUCAAGAACUGGAUGAAGCAGAUUCGUGACAUGGCAUACGACAUGGAAGACUGCAUUGAUGACUUUGCUCAUCGCCUCCCUCAGGACUCUCUCAGCGAUGCAAGAUGCUCCUUCAUCGUGACGAUAGUCUACGAGAUGUGGACGUUCUAG